GAGUUCCGGUUCCGGUUCUGGCGGCGGGCGGGCGGGCGGGUGAGUCGGGAGGGAGCUCCCCAUCCGCUCUGGCGCUCGCUCCCUCCUCCGUACUGCCCAGGAUGGUACCGCCCAGGGGCCUGCGCUGGCCCUGAUCCCCCCCUCUGGGAAAUGGUGCAGGCCGGGGGCUCUUGGCCCCCCCGCCGCCGUCCGGGCGGCCGCCGCCGCCGCCGCCGCUGACCCGCGCCCCCGCCCCAUGGCCACCGCGGCGCCGCCCCCCCCUGACAAGCUGGAGGGAGGAGGCGGCCCCGCCGCGCCGCCAGCGCCGCCCAGCACCGGGAGAAAGCAGGGCAAAGCCGGUCUGCAAAUGAAGAGCCCAGAAAAGAAACGGCGCAAGUCAAAUACUCAGGGUCCUGCAUACUCACACCUGACGGAGUUUGCACCACCCCCGACUCCCAUGGUGGAUCACCUGGUGGCAUCCAACCCAUUUGAGGAUGACUUUGGGGCACCCAAAGUUGGGGGGGCAGCUCCUCCUUUCCUUGGCAGCCCUGUGCCCUUUGGUGGAUUUCGUGUGCAAGGGGGCAUGGCAGGCCAGGUGCCCCCAGGCUAUGGUGGUGGAGGUGGAGGUGGGCCUCAACCACUCCGAAGACAGCCUCCUCCUUUUCCCCCCAAUCCAAUGGGUCCUGCCUUCAAUAUGCCCCCUCAGGGCCCUGGGUACCCACCUCCAGGUAACAUGAACUUCUCCAGCCAGCCCUUUAACCAGCCCUUGGGCCAGAACUUUAGCCCUCCUGGGGGACAAAUGAUGCCAGGCCCUGUGGGGGGGUUUGGACCCAUGAUUUCACCUACUAUGGGGCAGCCACCCAGAGGGGAGCUGGGCCCUCCCUCCCUUCCCCAACGAUUUGCCCAGCCAGGUGCUCCCUUUGGGCCCUCACCUCUUCAGCGGCCUGGUCAAGGGCUCCCGAGUCUGCCUCCUAACACGAGCCCGUUCCCUGGUCCUGAUCCUGGUUUCCCUGGUCCUGGAGGAGAGGAUGGAGGGAAGCCCCUAAAUCCUCCUGCAGCAACUGCCUUCCCCCAGGAGCCUCAUUCGGGCUCACCUGCUGCUGCUGUCAACGGCAAUCAGCCCAGUUUUCCCCAGAACAGUGGUGGUCGGGGUGGGGGCACCCCAGAUGCCAACAGCCUGGCACCUCCCAGUAAGACAGGCGGGGCAUCAGGGCACCAGCCCCCUCCGGGCUUGGUGUACCCAUGUGGGGCAUGCCGGAGCGAAGUGAAUGAUGACCAGGACGCCAUUUUGUGUGAGGCAUCGUGUCAGAAGUGGUUCCAUCGAGAAUGUACUGGCAUGACAGAAAAUGCCUAUGGGCUGCUGACCACCGAAGCUUCGGCCGUCUGGGCCUGUGAUUUCUGCCUCAAGACCAAGGAGAUCCAGUCGGUCUACAUCCGAGAAGGCAUGGGACAACUAGUGGCUGCCAAUGAUGGGUGAUGUGGACAGAGGCAGCGUGGGACCAGGAGAUCUCCUGGAAGACCAUGGACCUUUCCUCUCGUGGCUCUUGGUCCCGGCUCUCCACUGGGGCUGGGAGCAGGCAUAGUGACUCCUGGGGCUGAGAGAAGGGAUUUACUGGGCAAGGGAAUUCCUAGAGCUUUCUCUUUUUGAAACCUGUGCCUGAAGGGCUAAGAAAGAGUCCCCUGGGAGCCUCGUUGAGCAAUGCCAUUCUCUGAUUGUCCAGGGUGUCUUAAAGAGGAAAGGAUAGAGGGGUAGGAUAUUGAGUGGACAUUAUUGGUUAGGGGCUGCAUUUCUUUACUGAUGCCAGAUGCCUUAUAGUAUCUGCCUAACACUCCUACCCAGUCUCACUCUGAGGGAUAAACUCCUGAAUGUUUUUUCCCCCUCUGGCCAGAGGUAGUUGUCAGGGUUUUUCCCCAUUCCUUCAGUGGUCUCCCAUGGGGUUUUAGCCCAGUGCAGAAGACAGUAUUAACCAAUGAAUGGAACCAGGUGGUAGGGGUCAUCCAUUUUUUUCUAUUCCCUUCCCACUGGCCUCCCUCCUCUGGAACCAAAAGGCUUUGAGGAAACUAGAUGAAGGUCUGAACCACAACAGAUUCCUGGAGAUUUUGGUGACAGCAAGGUGAGAGAUGGGGUUCUUGAGCUUGUUCUCUCCUCAUACCAAAGUCACAGGUCCCUCCCUCCCCAGUUCCAGUCUUUUUAUCUCCUGGUCCGUGUCAUGCUUCCUCACCCCUGACAUUUUGUACAUCUCAUAGACAUUAACCAUUUUUUUCAAAUCUGCUCUUUUAUCUAUAGCACCUGUGUCUGUUAUACUGAGAACUGAAGAAAAGAGUAGAAAUCCCAACAAUUUUCUCAGUAAUGUAUUUCAGGUGUUCUUAUGAAGGAUAAAAGUGAAGGUGACAUCCUACUCCUUUGGAUGGGACAGGGUUGCUCCCCAUUCUGGGAUCCUUAUAGGAGGAGGAAAGAAUUGGAUAUUUUCAUAUUUUCCCCCAGAAUUUCCCAAGGCUUAAGUGAUCCAGCAGUUUAAAAUCUGAGUCUUCUGAUAAAACCACUUGGCUGAUGGAGAUGGUUGGCUGCUCAGCAUGGGGCCUCUCUGCUUGGCCCCUGCUGGGUUCUGAGUUACGUGGGUACCCUACUUGCCCCUUUCCCACCCAGAUGAAACCCUCAGCUUGCAGCUCAGCUCCCCCUUAGUGUCUCGGGGUGAGGUUUAGUCAUCCGGAAGGAAUCAGCAGCCUCUAGCUGUCAGUACUCCUUUAGUUGAGGAGGGAAUAAUGGAAAAGGGCCAAGGUACAUUUUUUCCUCUGCACCCUAGCAGCUUUCCCUGUUCCAGAGCGCUUGGAUGAGAUAACUCCAGGGCAAGGGGACUGGGCAUCUCAGUUUCUUGUCUGUUUCUUGCUAAUGCUCAAAGCUCUCAAUUCCUGAGCAGAGUGGACCAGUGUUCCCAUCCCCUUUUCCCUGGGUGGGGGGAAUGAGAAAACAAAACAUGAGAAAUAACUGAGCACGGAUAGACAACCACGCUAUUAAAUUUUGUGUUGUUUUGGUUUGCCUCUGAUGUCCCUGUUGCUAUUUUUGUGCAUCCCUCCCCCGCCCCGUUUUCCUCUUUCCCCGUUUUGUAAAGAGCUACCCCCUCUAUCCACUCAAGAGUAGGGUAGCGGGGCCGAGGUGGAUUGGCAUUGCGGGGGCCUUUGGUCUUUUUGUAUGGUUGGAUUUAUAAAGUGACUUGAAAAACCA